AUGGCAGGAACCACUUUACCAGAGAGGGUUGCACAGAUAUACUAUACUUAUGGCCUAUUCUGUUCAUCAUAUCCUGCUGUGGCAAUAACUUUAGCACUCUCAGUCAUUCUAUUAUGUUGUUAUCCGCUACUGAAUGUACCUCUACCGGGAAACAUACCGACUGUUGUAAACUUACAUCUCAGUAAUGAACAUGCUGUGAUGUCAGACUGCAGCACUAAGAACUGUCUCACAGGUUCACCAUUCCAAUUAGAAUUACUAUAUAAUGAAACACAGAAACUUCCAUAUGUGUGGGUUAAGGAUAAACCGUUGCUACACAUACAUCAAGUAAUAAUGAGAAUAGGAGUUUCACCAUGGAAUAACAAUCUAAAAAUGUGGGACGCGUUCAGAGCUCCGUUGCAAGAAGUAUUUCGGUUAUUGGAAACGAUUCGCAACCACGAGGAUCCUGACACAAAGGAAACACUAUUGCAGCAUUGUUACCAAAUUGAAGGAAUCAAAAGAAGGGAUAGCAAGGCGAGCCUUGAAAGUGUAUUACCAGAAUAUAGCUGUCUCCUUCUGUCUCCGGCAAAUCUCUGGCAACAAAGCUUGCAAUCAUUUUCUCUGGAUGCCAAUAUUGUUAACACGAUAUACUCACAUCAGAAUCUUCAAAAAGGCAAGGCAUCGAUAGCGGAAAUGGCUUUCGGUAUGCACCUGCGUGAUGCGGGCAUCAAACGGUAUCCGCUCCGCGUACGACCGCGUGUACUGCAAUACGCCGUCACGAUAUUCUAUCAAAAUGUCGAUCAACGGUUUAUCGAUUCGCUGUCGAAAAAACUCAAGGAAAUGUAUCCGCUACACCAAGACACACCCAAAACACAUCCCGACGAGGUGACCCUCGUGUACUACCCCGGACAGUUCAACUACCACGAACUAGUACCCCUAAUGAUUACUUUUGUGGGGCUUUUUCUGUAUGUUUACUUUUCAGUACGAAAAAUUGAAUUCAUUAAAUCGAAAUUUGGUCUAGCAGCCUGUUCCGUGCUCACGAUUAUCGGAAGUUUAUCAAUGUCAAUGGGAAUAUGUUUUUACUUUGGAUUUUCGCUGAGUUUACAAGGAAAAGAAAUAUUCCCUUACUUAGUAAUAAUCGUCGGUCUAGAAAACGUUCUUGUUCUCACUAAGAGUGUUACAUCGACGGACUCCAGGCUCGACGUGAAGAUUCGGCUCGCUCAAGGAUUAAGCAAGGAAGGGUGGUCCAUAACAAAGAAUCUUUUAACGGAAAUAACUAUUUUGACAGUCAGUUUCUUUACAUUCGUGCCGUUCAUUCAGGAAUUUUCAAUAUUCAUGAUUGUUAGUCUAAUUUCAGACUAUUUCAUUCAAAUGGUAUUUUUUGCUACGAUACUUGGUAUAGACGUGAGGCGAAUGGAAUUCUAUCCGGAACAGAACUCGAAAUUGCAGUUAAAAGAGUACUUUAGUGCUAACAAUGCUCUCCACUGGCGAUUCGACACAAGCUACACAGAGGAUUAUAAAUACUCCCCUCAAAGGAUGACAAAAUCCAAAUCACAUCCUAGAUUGAACGGAUUGGCACAAAACAGCCCAACGGAUGUAGUUGCUAAAAGAAACUCUAGCCCGAGUGGACAAGACAACAAAGUACCAAAGCGGAUACGGCUGGUUAAUAUGUGGGCCAGAACGAGAUUCUUUCAAAGAGCCUUUAUGGUUUGGAUGCUGGUUUGGAUAUCUAUGAUUGUUUAUAAUUCGGGAGUCGUUGAUUACUUUAUAACCACAGUCGAGAAGCCAGAGAGUACUGUAGAUUAUCAAAAACAAUACAAUGAAAGGAAGGAAGCAAAUCAACAAAUUUAUAUGAAUUUUACUAAUAGCAGCCGACAUCCUUUGGUUUUCUCACCAUUACUGGAGACUACGGACACAGAAAAAGGAAUUCAAGAUGCCAAUGACACAGUCUUGUUUAAACAUUCAUCACAUUAUCGUACAUUGUCUAGACUAUCUCCAUACCACUGGUCGGCAAUCCUGUCUCAAUACAACGAGUCGGUAGCCGGUAGGUACGUGGUGGUGCUACCGCCGUUGCUAGUGAGUCAUCGAGUCGGUCCAGAGCUGGCAGCCGGGUUGCGACACCCGGACGAGCGCGACCCGCCACCACUUCGCUGGCAGGCUCUGGCAGCCGCACUCGACCCCAUCGAAAUAUUACCCGAAUUUGACUCAAUUGACAGUAAAACUCCGGGCCACCAAUGGGGAAAAGGGGCGGAUCUUCCGAUAUAUCCAACUACUCCCAUGGAAAUUCUCCUGCUGGCGAUCCUGUGUACGAUUAGUGUUGCUGUCAUUGCGUACAUGAUGGUGGUACUGUACAGAUGCGUGUGCUCGCGACAUUAUGCAGAAUGGCGUGCUUCGUGGAACGAAGAUGAUGAAUAUAAAAAGAUAAUCGCCAAGCAGCCGGCAGUACAGUUGGUGAUGGAAGCAGUACCAUUGGUUGUCGCAGGACACAGUCAAGAAGUGGAAUGCCUAGUGACUGAUGGAGAAAAGGUGGUCAGCUCAUGUUUACAAGGCAAUAUCAAAGUUUGGGACUCGUUGAACGGCGAAAUUGUAACGAAUAUAGACCGUUGCGCCUACUUCAAGCUUCAAAUGGAACUUUUUGAAAAGGUUAACUCGAAACGAACACCAUGUAAUGAUCAACAAAUUACAAUUGAACCGCGUCAAAGUCCUGACAUAUUGGUUCAACAACAGAAUGAAAAUGUUCCCAGACUAAGAAAAGGCUUGAACAAUCAUUUAAGCGGUUUAAAGUUUCACGCUUCAUACGGUGACAACAAAUACCUGUCUGCGGCCGAGAACACUAAAUAUGAAUUUGCCAAAGCAUACAGAGACCUUUACUUCACAGAACACAGUGAAGUAUACGAAGCAAACUCGAAGACAAAUUCUGAACUAAAUAGUUUAUACAUGAACAAACAAGACUUGAAUGCAGCUUGUAAAGAUAGUGACAUUAGUGAUGAAAGUGUUUUCGAUUUCAAUAGAAGUGAGAACUCCGUUAAUAGUUUAAGAAAUAGGGGUGGUAAUAGAAUAAACAGUAGAACUAAUAGUGAUGUGGAUAGUGCGGGUCUUAACUGGAGGGGAAGGCCGAUGAGGGAAUCCCCCGUUUGGUGUAUGGACUUUUGCAAUGACCUCAUCAUACUAGGGUGCGCUGAUGGGAGGGUGGAAUUUUGGGAGGCUAGCACUGGUAAAUUAAUGAACGUGUGGUGGUUCGUGGAGCGGCGCGCGGGCGGGCGCGGAGUGACGCACGCGCGCGCUCUGUCGGGCGCGCGCCGCGUGUGCGCCGCCUCGCUGUCCGGACACCUCGCGCUACUGCGGCUCGACGCGUACAACGCGACCUCGGGCGCGCACGUCGACUGGCGUUUCAGCACGGCGCACAGGAGAACACAUAAAAGAACAGGCUCGGCGGAGUCAAUUCGAAGCGGGCACACGCUUGAUGAAGAGCACAAGGGUCGUAUGAGUUUUUCCUACGACGCAGAUCAUAGUGAUAAUGAUGAAGUAGUAUGCGUCCGAAUCGCACAAUGUAGACCGCACCAACAACCAAUCACGGAAUUACAUUCCGAAGGCGGCCGCAUCCUCACCGGCAGUCAAGACCACGUUCUAAAGGUGUUUUCAAGUUCGGAGUUAACGCCGCUGCUGACACUACACGGUCACUGUGGGCCCAUAACGAGCUGUUUCAUUGACCACGCCACGCCUACAAUCGCGGGUAGUGGAUCACAGGACGGGUUACUUUGCGUGUGGGACUUACAUACUGGCGCGUGCGUGUACAGUAUGCAGGCGCACGACGGCGCUGUGACGUCACUAGCGUACACCGCCUCGUAUGUCGUAUCCGCGGGCUCGGACGAGCGGCUCUGUAUAUGGGAUCGCUUCCAGGGACAUAUGCUUAACUCUAUUCACAUUGGUCUCAACUACAUGAGUCGAAUGCUACCCUUGACUCACACGAUGUUAGUGAUGGGAGACCGUAGCGGACUUACCGCUUACGACCUCAGCAGUGGAGACGUCAUAAGAAGAGUGCUUUUUGGUCAAAGCGACGGCUGUAUCUUCGUCCGUCAGAUACUACCGCUCAAGGACGCGAUAGUGUGCGACUACGCGAACCAGUUGCGAAUUGUUCGUUUCCCGCUCGUGUCAAAACUCGACAUGAAAAACGAAUAGCUACAGAUUAUAUCAACAAAUUGUUAGGUCUCUUUCAUUUGGGGUCCACAGUAUACAGACAUUAAGAAAAAGACAUUCACAAAAUGGUUUUACUAAUAUAUUAAUUAAUUUUUAUAUCUAUAAAAAUGUCAAUUGUAAUUUGUAUUUGAUUUGUUGAUUAAUGAAUUCGAUAUUAAAAAAUUAAUUCGUUUCGACCCGCGCAUGUAUUAUAAAAGCUCAUUCGAGGUUUGAAAACGAAUUAUACAUUAGAUUAUUGUUUAUUCUUAAAUAAUUAAAUUAGUAAUUUAACGAUUUGUCGACGUAAGUCUGUGUUGUGUGAACCUAAAUUAGUUAAACUAAAUUUUCCUCUAAGGAACAUCACAACAUUAGACUUUUUAAGUGUCUUAUCAAAUUUAUAUCUAUAUGUAAUUGUUUCAAUGAUAGUGUACUUACUCCGAAUGUACAGUGAAGCGGAACAGGGCUUGAUUUUUAUAGAAAAAUAAUUGUAAAUAAUCAUUAAAUACUUUCAUUUUU